AUGUCUACCACAACUUCAAUUACACAGGCUGAGCCUAUUACUGCUCAGAGUAUUCUUCGACUUUUCCCUGACAUUGACACGAGCUCUGCAGAACUCGAAGGUCACGAUGAAGAGCAGAUCAGAUUGAUGGAUGAAGUCUGCAUUGUCCUAGACGAAAAUGAUAAGCCUAUUGGGAACUUCAGCAAGAAGAUAUGUCAUCUCAUGACAAACAUUGACAAAGGCCUCCUUCAUCGCGCAUUCUCCGUCUUUCUUUUCAACUCCAAGAAUGAAUUACUCCUUCAACAACGUGCGACCGAAAAGAUCACAUUCCCUGAUAUGUGGACUAACACCUGCUGCUCCCAUCCCCUUGGUAUACCUGGUGAAGGUGGUUCUGAGUUGACUGAAGCUAUCAUGGGAGUUAAGAGAGCAGCACAACGAAAGCUUGAGCACGAACUUGGUAUCAAGCCUGCGCAGGUACCCAUCGAGGACUUCAAAUUCUUGACCAGAAUCCAUUACAAAGCACCCAGUGACGGAAAAUGGGGAGAGCAUGAAAUCGAUUACAUCCUCUUUAUUACCGCCGAUGUCGACCUCGAGCCAAACAUGAACGAAGUCCGCGAUACUCAGUACGUUUCUGCCGAUGGACUCAAGACUAUGUUCAACGAUCCCUCUUUGAAGUUUACACCUUGGUUCAAGCUUAUCUGUAACUCUCUCCUUUUCGAAUGGUGGGAGCACAAGGAUACCGAUCUCGAGAAGUAUAUGAAUGAGCAAGAUAUUAGAAGAAUGUGA